UUCUGCUUUCUCAUGAAGACAGGCUGGGUGGCAGUUGAGCUUAAAACAGGAAGCAACUCACAAGUGAGAGCAGCUGGAUGAAGUAAUACAGAAUAGGAAACUACUUCAGCCGGGCUAAAGAUCCAGAGACAUCACAGCGUGUGAGAGCAGCUCGGUGAAGAAAUGCAGAAUGGGAAACUGCUUUAGCCGGUUUGCUGAAACUCAGAGGGGAGCAGGAAGACCAACAGUCAACGCCCAGGAAGGAAGUGUCGUCAACACACCUCAGUUAAAAGAUGUUCAAGUGGGAGGGAAUAUAACGCUCAAUGUCAACAACAUGUAUGCCUCGUCUCCUGACAGGACAGACGAGACGAAAGCUGCUUCUCCCAAAAACAAAGGAAACAUUCAAAGGUGCAGAGACAAGUUAAAAUCUUUCCUUGAAAAUACAACAAAGGAUCUGUCACAAGGAACAAAGGAAGAUGGAUCAUCGACUCCUUUAAACAAGAUCUAUACGGAGCUUUACAUCAGACAAGGAGGCAGUGGGGAGGUUAAUAGUGAACAUGAAGUGGUUAACUUGGAAUGCAAAAGGAGUUCGAGUGAGGAUGAGAAAAUCCAGGUCAAUGACAUUCUUCAACCUUUACCAAACGAAGAAAACCCUCCUCAGAGAGUUCUGACGAAGGGAAUCGCUGGCAUUGGAAAAUCUGUCGCUGUGCAGAAGUUCACUCACGACUGGGCAACAGGAGAAGCCAACCAAACUACUGAUUUCAUAUUUCCAUUCACAUUCAGAGACUUAAACUUGAUAAAAGAUAAGGAUUGGAGUCUUGUGACAUUAAUUGGUCACUAUUUUGAUGAAGUAAAGGAUUUGAAAGAGUCAGAAUACAGCAAAUCAAGAGUUUUGUUCAUCUUUGACGGCCUGGACGAAAGCCAAUUACCUCUGGACUUCAACAACAAUGAGAUGUGCCGCGAUGUUACAAAGACCACAACAUUAGACGUCCUGCUGACCAACUUAAUCUCAGGGAAACUGCUGCACAAAGCCUCAGUCUGGAUCACAAGUAGACCAGCUGCAGCUGCUAAGAUUCCUCCUGAGAUCUUCCAUAGGGUGACCGAGGUACGAGGCUUUAAUGAUGAACAGAAGGAGGAGUACUUUCAGAAGAAAGUUAGUGACAAGGAAAUGGCUCAGAAGAUCUGCGAUCAUCUUCAGUCAAAGACGCAAAGAAGUCUGUACAUCAUGUGCCACAUCCCAGUCUUCUGUUGGAUUUCAGCCACGGCUCUCCAGAGUCUCCUAACAGAAGCAGAAGAAGCUGAGUUGCCCAAGAGUGUGACUGAAAUGUACACACACUUCCUGAUCAUCCAGACAAAGCUGAAGGAAUAUCAGGAAGGUGAAACAGACAAAGAUGUGAUCAUGAAAUUGGGAAAGCUGGCAUUUGCACAGCUUCAGAAGGGCAACAUACUCUUCUAUGAAAACGAGUUUAAAAGUUGUGGAAUUGAUCUGAAACAAGCUGCAGUUAAUUCAGGAGUUUGUACACAGAUCAUAAGAAAAGAAUAUGGUCUUCACAAAGAAGAGAUUUACUCCUUCAUUCAUUUAAGUGUUCAGGAGUUUCUGGCAGCUCUGUAUGUUUUAGAGACUUUCUUACAUAGCGGAGAAAAUCUGCUUUCCAGCCAGACAAGUACGAAAGUGCCAUCAGAGAAAGGAGAACGUCCCAUCUUCCUUCUCCACCAGAAAGCAGUGGAUAUGGCUUUGGUCAGCGAUAAUGGACAAUGGGACUUGUUCCUGCGCUUCUUACUCGGUCUGUCACAGGAUAAAAAUCAGGAGCUUCUUCAGAAACGAGUUGGAUUCAAGGGAAGACGUCCACAGAGCAACCAGGAGACAAUCAAGUUAAUUCACGAGAAGAUCAAGAAACUUUCCAACAGCGACAAGAGCAUCAACCUGUUCCACUGUUUAAAUGAGUUGGGUGACCAGUCUCUGGUAGAGCAAGUCCAAAAGUACCAGAGCUCAGGAGAUUUUGGUAAACUCUUACCUGAACAUUGGUCAGCUCUGGCCUUUCAGCUGCUCGUUUCCAAUGAAGACCUGGAUAUCUUUGACCUGAAAAAAUACGAAGGAUCAGAUGAAGUUCUGGAGAGGCUGCUGCCAGUGCUCAAAGCAUCAAAGAAAGCUUUGUUAAGUAACUGUAACCUCACCUACAGAUGUUGUGAGAACAUUUCAUCAUAUCUCAGCUCAAAGUCUUCUGGUCUGGAGGAGUUAGACCUAACUGGAAACCAUCUUCAGGACUCUGGAGUGGAGCUGCUCUCUGACGGUCUAAAAAGUCCCAACUGCAAACUUCAGAGACUCAGGUUAAGUAACUGUGACCUCACCGACAGAUGUUGUGAGAACAUUUCAUCAGUUCUCAGCUCAAAGUCUUCUGGUCUGGAGGACUUAGACUUGAGUGGAAACAAACUGCUGGACUCUGGAGUGGAGCUGCUCUCUGACGGUCUAAAAAGUCCCAACUGCAAACUCCAGAGACUCCGCCUGAGAUACUGCAGGUUAACAGCAGCCAGCUGCCAGUCUUUGACCUUUGCCCUCAGUGGCUCCUCUGAUCUUAAAGAACUCAACCUGAGCUCCAACAACCUGAAGGACCAGGGGGUGGAGCUGCUUUCUGAUUGGCUGAGGAAACCGCAGUGUAGACUGGAGAUACUGAGCCUGAGCAGUUGCAGGUUAACAGCAGCCAGCUGCAGGUCUUUGACCUCUGCCCUCAUCGACUCCUCUGCUCUCAGAGAACUCAACCUGAGCCACAACGACCUGAAGGACCAGGGGGUGAACCUGCUCUCUGAUUGGCUAAGGAAAUCCCCGCGUAGACUAGAGAUACUGAGCCUGAGAUACUGCAGGUUAACAGCAACCAGCUGCCAGUCUCUGACCUUUGCCCUCAGCAGCUCCUCUGCUCUCAGAGAACUCAACCUGAGCCACAACAACCUGAAGGACCAGGGGGUGGAGCUGCUCUCUGAUUGGCUGAGGAAACCCCAGUGUAGACUGGAGAUACUGAGCCUGAGAUACUGCAUGUUAACAGCAGCCAGCUGCCGGUCUUUGACCUUUGCCCUCAGUGGCUCAACUGAUCUCAGAGAACUCAACCUGAGCUCCAACUACCUGAAGGACCAGGGGGUGGAGCUGCUCUCUGAUUGGCUGAGGAAACCCCAGUGUAGACUGGAGAUACUGAGUGAGAGCAGCUGGGUGAAGAAAUGCAGAAUGGGAAACUGGUUUAGCCGGCCUGAUGAUCCAGAAACAUCACAGCGUGCUGAAACUCAGAGGGGAGCAAGAAGACCACCAGUCACCGCCCAGCAUGGAGGUGUCAUCAGCUCACCUCAGUUUAACGGUGUUAACGUUGCAGGGAAUCUAACGGUCCAAGUCACGCAGGCCUCGUCUCUUGACAAGACAGAUGAGAUGAAAGCUAAUUCUCCCCAAAACACAGCAAACAUUCAAAGGUGCCAAGAUAAGUUAAAAUCUUUCCUUGGAAAUAGAACAAAGGAUCUGUCACAAGGAACAAAGGAAGUUGGAUCAUCAACUCCUUUAGACAAGAUCUAUACGGAGCUUUACAUCAGACGAGGAGGCAGUGGAGAGGUUAAUAGUGAACAUGAAGUGGUUAACUUGGAAUGCAAAAGGAGUUCGAGUGAGGAGGAGAAAAUCCAGGUCAAUGACAUUCUUAAACCUUUAUCAAACGAAGAAGACCCUCCUCAGAGAGUUCUGACGAAGGGAAUCGCUGGCAUUGGAAAAUCUGUCGCUGUGCAGAAGUUCACUCACGACUGGGCAAUAGGAAAAGCCAACCAAACUACUGAUUUCAUAUUUCCAUUCACAUUCAGAGACUUGAAUUUAAUAAAAGACCAGCGUUGGAGUCUUGUGACGUUAAUUGGUAACUAUUUUGACGAAGUAAAGGAUUUGAAAGAGUCAGACUACAGCGAAUCAAGUGUUUUGUUCAUCUUCGACGGCCUGGACGAAAGCCAAUUACCUCUGGACUUCAACAACAAUGAGACGUGCCGCGAUGUUACAAAGACCACAACAUUAGACGUCCUGCUGACCAACUUAAUCUCAGGAAAUCUGCUGCACAAAGCCUCAGUCUGGAUCACAAGUAGACCAGCUGCAGCCGCUAAGAUUCCUCCUGAGAUCUUCCAAAGGCUGACCGAGGUACGAGGCUUUAAUGAUGAGCAGAAGGAGGAGUACUUUCAGAAGAAAGUAAGUAACCAGGAUAUGGCUCAGAAGAUCUCCGAUCAUCUUCAGUCAAAGACGCAAAGAAGUCUGUACAUCAUGUGCCACAUCCCAGUCUUCUGUUGGAUUUCAGCCACGGCUCUCCAGAGUCUCCUAACAGAAACAGAAGAAGCUGAGUUGCCCAAGACUGUGACUGAAAUGUACACACACUUCCUGAUCAUCCAGACAAAGCUAAAGGAAUAUCAGGAAGGUGAAACAGACAAAGAUGUGAUCAUGAAAUUGGGAAAGCUGGCAUUUGAACAGCUUCAGAAGGGAAACAUAAGCUUCUAUGAAACAGAGUUUAAAGGUUGUGGAAUUGAUCUGAAACAAGCUGCAGUUAAUUCAGGAGUUUGUACACAGAUCAUAAGAAAAGAAUCUGGACUUCACAAACAAGAGAUUUACUCCUUCAUUCAUUUAAGUGUUCAGGAGUUUCUGGCAGCUCUGUAUGUGUUAGAGACUUUCUUAGAUAGUGGAGAAAAUCUGCUUUCCAGCCAGACAAGUGUGAUAGUGCCAUCAGAAAUAACAGAACAUCCCAUCUUCCUCCUCCACCAGAAAGCAGUGGAUAUGGCUUUGGUCAGCAAUAAUGGACAAUGGGACUUGUUCCUGCGCUUCCUGCUCGGUCUGUCACAGGAUAAAAAUCAGGAGCUUCUUCAGAAACAAGUUGGAUUCAAAGGAAGACGUCCACAGAGCAACCAGGAGACAAUCCAGUUAAUUCACGAGAAGAUCAAGAAACUGUCCAACAACGACAAGAGCAUCAACCUGUUCCACUGUUUAAAUGAGUUGGGUGACCAGUCUCUGGUAGAGCAAGUUCAAAAGUACCAGAGCUCAGGAGAUUUUGGUAAACUCUUACCUGAACAUUGGUCAGCUCUGGCCUUUCAGCUGCUCAUUUCCAAUGAAGACCUGGAUAUCUUUGACUUGAAGAAAUACGAAGGAUCAGAUGGAGUUCUAGAGAGGCUACUGCCAGUGCUCAAAGCAUCAAAGAAAGCUUUGUUAAGUAACUGUAACCUCACUGACAGAUGUUGUGAGAACAUUUCAUCAGUUCUCAGCUCGAAGUCUUCUGGUCUGGAGGAGUUAGACCUGAGUGGAAACAAACUGCUGGACUCUGGAGUGGAGCUGCUCUCUCAUGGUCUAAAAAGUCUUGACUGCAAACUCCAGAGACUCUGCCUGAGCGACUGCAGGUUAACACCAGCCGGCUGCCGGUCUUUGACCUUUGCCCUCAGCAACUCCUCUGAUCUCAAAGAACUCAACCUGAGCUAUAACGACCUGGAGGACCAGGGGUUGGAGCUGCUUUCUGAUUGGCUAAGGAAACCGCAGUGUAGACUGGAGAUACUGAGACUGGCUUGCUGUCAGAUUACAGAGAAAGGCUGUGCUGCACUGGCAUCCAGUCUGAAGUCAAACCCCUCCCACCUGAGAGUCCUGGAUCUGUCAGGAAAUAACCUCGGAGACAGUGAUGUCAAAAACCUUUCUGAGUUCUUGCCAGAGACACUUUGUCAACUUGAGGCACCGGACCUGAGACACUGCGAGUUAACAGCAGCCGGCUGCCGGUCUUUGACCUUUGCCCUCAGUGACUUUUCUGAUCUCAGAGAACUCAACCUGAGCCUCAACAACCUGGAGGACCAGGGGGUGACGCUGCUCUCUGAUUGGCUGAGGAAACCCCAGUGUAGACUGGAGAUACUGAGCCUGAGAUGCUGCAGAUUAACAGCAGCCAGCUGCCGGUCUUUGACCUUUGCCCUCAGCGGCUCCUCUGAUCUCAGAGAACUCGACCUGAGCUCCAACUACCUGAAGGACCAGGGGGUGGAGCUGCUCUCUGAUUGGCUGAGGAAACCCCAGUGUAGACUGGAGAUACUGAGGUUGUCAUACUGCACAGAUAGCUGCUGUAAGGCUCUGGCCUCGGCUCUGAAGUCGAACCCUUCACACCUCAGAGAACUGACGCUGGAGCACAGUGAUCCAGGAGAAUCAGGUCUGAAGCUGUUGUCUGAUUUACAGGAGGACAAAAGAUACAAACUGCAGACACUGGCAGUGUCUUAGGGAUAGACUGAAAGAGAUUAGAAGUAAAAGACAACAAUGGAUAAUUUUCCUUCUUCUGUCUGGACCAAAUGAUCUGAACUACAGGUGUGAAAGUGACCUUAAAUUCAUCACGACUCUUCUCUCUUUAAGGACUCGAGGCUCAAAACUCCUCAAUCAGGAGUCAGAAGGUAUCUGAGCACCAGCUACCAGCCGUUUUUUUUUUUUCCUAUGACAGUAGGUAACCCUAGCUCCAAAAGUUCCUAAAAGUCAUUAGAUGAUGUCAUACGCUCAAUUGUACAUUGGUGACAUCAUUGCUUAUCAUUUGUAUAAAGCUGAGUGGUUGUGUCGGCUGCUGAAGAGGAGAGGGAGAGAGAUACUCGGUGCUGUUGGCAGAAGAGCCGAGGACUUUGACUACUCAGCUGGGAUUUAAGCAGUACGUUCAGGAAUUAACUACAAUAAAAUAUAUCUCGCUUUUACCCUAAUGGUCUGAAGACGUUACAGUAAUUGCUAGUCGCUAGUUAGACAUAAAGUCGCUAAAUCUAGAGAGAAAGUCGCCAAGUUGUCAACAAUCUAC